ACUGAGUAGCUGUAACCUGACAGAGAGAAGCUGUGAAGCUCUGUCCUCAGUCCUCAGCUCCAAGUCCUGCAGUCUGAGAGAGCUGGACCUGAACAACAACGACCUGCAGGAUUCAGGAGUGCAGCUGUUGUCUACAACACUACAGAGUCCACACUGCAGACUGGAAACUCUCAGACUGUCAGGCUGUCUGAUCACAGAGAAAGGCUGCAGAUCUCUGGCCUCAGCUCUGACCUCAAACCCCUCCCAUCUGAAGGAGCUGGACCUGAGCUACAAUCAUCCUGGAAUCACAGGAUUAACGCUGUUGACCGGUCUACAGAAUUCACAAUCAAAGCUGGACACUCUCAGGUUGGAGCCUACUGGAGUCCAGUGGUUGACACCAGGUUUGAUGAAGUAUUCCUGUGAACUCACAAUCGACACCAACACGGUAAACCACAGAAUCCAACUGUCUGACAACAACAGUAAGGGGAUAUAGGUGAAGGACUCUGUGUUAUAUCCUGAUCAUCCAGACAGAUUUAACUGUCCUCAGCUGCUGUGUAGAGAAGGUCUGACUGGGCGCUGUUACUGGGAGAUUGAGUGGACAGAAGGAGUGAUUAUAUCAGUGAGUUACAGAGGAAUCAGCAGGAAAGAAAACAAUGAGUCUGGAAGAAACGAUCAGUCCUGGAGUCUGACCUGCUAUGAUAAUGGUCGUGGAGUUUUCUACUAUGUCCUUCACAAUAACAAGGAGACACUUAUUACCCGCCCCUCUAUCUCCUCACCCUCCACCACGCACAGAGCAGCGGUGUAUUUGGACCACACUGCUGGCUCUCUGUCCUUCUACAGCGUCUCCUCCGACACACUGAUCCACCUCCACACCUUCAACACCACCUUCACUGAACCUCUCUAUCCUGGGUUUGGGUUCUGGUCCAGAUCUGAAGGUUCCUCUGCAUCUCUGUGUCGUCUGUAGAGGGAGAGUCUCCUUCUGUUCACUGCUGAUCAGUAUCACCCCAUUC